GGGACAUCCCAGUGGCCUGGCAACGGGCGCCAUUGAAACCAGGAUGGCAGGCCAUAACCGCAGGGGAGCGGAGUGGAGCCGCUAAUGUCUGGAGUGCACAUCCAAGUUCAUUAGUCUUGGAUGGGUGCGGAAAAGCUGCUCGACACGAAAUGGAAAGUUUUGGCGAAGUUUCCCGCUGGUGAAUCGCCGUCGUCGUAAAUCGCAGUGCGAAAAGCAGAAGGAGGGUCUUCUAAAAAUAUCCCGGCACUCGAAGGCAAUCGAUGUGCCCGCAGCUGGCAGAGAUGGGCGAACGCGAGCCGGAGUCGGACGAGGACUGCGAGGUGUAUUUCCUGAAGCCGGUCAACGAGUACAACAUUGUGGACAGGAUCAAGGAGGCCAACAAGGAGCUCUUCGCGCCGGAUGACGAGGCCUCGAACGGCAACGGCAAGGUGACCAAGGUGAAGUUCGCCCUCAAUCUGGAGGAUUACGAGCCCACAGAGCAGCAGAAGGACCCGAGUCCCAGUCCGCCGGAUGAGCUGCUGCAGCAGUUGACGCAGCUCAAGCUGAAGCCCAUUGCAGAGGAGGAGCCAGCAGCAGCGGCUCCAGAAGUGUCCAAAACGAUAGAGGAACCACCUCCGGCGGAGGAACCAGAAGCAGAGGAGGUUGAGGAGGAGAUAUGCGAGGAAAUUCCCGACAUCAGCGAGGCUCCACCACAACAGCCUGCUGUCCAAGAAACCAUUCGCAUAGAGGAUGAGGAAGAAGACGACUUCUCCGGCGUGGAUGAGGCUGACCUGGAUGACGACUCUCCCGCAAAGGAUUCCUCCACGCCCGCCUUCCAACUGAGACAGAGCACCUUCGACCAGGAUGACUCCGAUCAGAAGAGCCUGACCAAUCUGCUAACCGAGUCCGAUUGCGAGGAGGAGGAGCGCACCCUGAACGAGGCUCGUAUGAAGUUAAGGGACGCCUACAAGAAUCUGUACAAAACGUUAGAUUCCAAGCAGCAGGCCACCAUCGACAUGUUGACGGGAGCAGAGAGUGAAGUACCACUGCCGGCUCCUGCGGCUGCUGCAGCCGAAACCGCCGCCGACGAGGAGGACGACCUGUCCAUCAUCGUAGCCAGCUAUAUUCCGGAUGACUUCGAGCUUAACGAGCAGAGCAUUUACUACAAGAGGGAUGGGCCCGAUGAGGUCAAGGGCUCCUGCUCCACGUGUCCCAAGGCCACGUCCAAGAACUUCUUCGCCUCGCGCAGCUUUAGCUUUCGACGACGGGCCAAACCCACGCCCACGCCAUCCUCUGCUGCCUCUACGACAUCGCCAUCCGUCCGGAUGAACUACAAGAUCUGCUGCGAGCACCGCCACUCGCUUCAGGGCAAGUUACCCCGCUACACGGGCUACAUGUCCGAGUACGGACUGACGGCCCAGCAGCUCCAGCGGCGGGAUCAGCAGCUGCGGCGGAAGCAGCGCUUCUCCAUGGAGCAGACCAUCAACCGCAAUGAGCAGGAGCUGAAGAAGAUGCAGGACAACGAGCGUGCCUUCACCACCUGGCUGAAGAACAAGAUGCGCUACCCGAUUAACAAGACGCGCAACAUGUUCGAUGCCCACAAGAGGCGGGGCAGUGUGGCCGCCGCCGGAAGUCCCCGCCAGCAGCAUGCUCAGGCUCGUCCGCAUCUCCACCAGGAGCAGGAGCAGCGCGGAGGACGCCGGAGGCGUCGACGCGACAGCGGCGAGGAGGAGGUGCACGCCUAUCGACACCUCCUCGGCAGCUGGAACAAGUAG